AUGGCCGGCGUCAUUGAAACAGCGACCAUCCAGCUAAAGCCAGGGUACGAUGAGGAUAAACUGCGAAGCAUCCUCAAAGAGACCCAGCAAGUACAAGCUCAAUGGAUCAGGGAACACCAACCCAAUCUCCUCAAGGGAAAGCCUUACAGGUACACCACCGAUGUUUGGGUCACCGAUGGCGAAGCGCCAUACCUAUUUCUUACGGCACCGUGGGAAUCUGUGGAUGGUCACAACGAAUGGAUCCAGAGUCAAGAGAAUAUCUCUCUAAUGCAGGAGCUCAAAGAUUUCAUCAGUCAAGACAAAGACGCCGUGGCCUUGUACCAUACGGUGCCGGCUGGAGAAAAUGAGUUCCGAGGAGAUAUUCUUGCAAGAGGGUCGAUCAAGGUCUGGAAGAUAUCAGUAAAGCCCGAAGAAGAAGCAUCUCUCGAAAAUGAAUAUCGUUCCAUCGAGACCCAAUCCGCAACACUACCAGGUCAAAGAAUGUGGGCAGGAUGGAGGAUAGAAGGCGGCGAUUCAAUCAUGGUGAUAAUCGCAUCCCCAGGCUUCGAAGACGUGAUCGAGUCCGGUAUAGCUGUGAGGUUCGAAGCUACCAAAGUCUCCCGCUUCGAGCACAAGCCUUUUCUGCAUUAG